ACACACAUACACACAUAAUUCAUCAUGGUCAAAGCUGUUGUUCUCGGAGCUGCUGGUGGCAUUGGCCAGCCUCUCUCCCUUUUGCUGAAGGCGUCCCCUCUUGUUGAUGACCUUGCCCUCUAUGAUGUUGUCAACACCCCCGGUGUGGCUGCGGAUCUCUCUCACAUCUCCUCGGUCGCCAAAAUCACUGGUUACCUCCCCAAGGAUGAUGGAUUGAAGCUCGCUCUGACCGGUGCUGACGUUGUUGUCAUCCCCGCCGGCAUUCCCCGCAAGCCCGGUAUGACCCGUGAUGACCUUUUCAAGGUCAAUGCCGGAAUUGUGAAGGGUCUCGUCGAGAGCAUCGCCGAGUUUGCUCCCAAGGCUUUCAUCCUCGUUAUCUCCAACCCUGUUAACUCUACCGUCCCUAUCGCCGCCGAGGUCCUCAAGGCGGCCGGUGUCUUCGACCCCAAGCGUCUGUUCGGUGUGACCACCCUGGACGUCGUUCGUGCCGAGACCUUCACCCAGGAGUUCUCCGGCGUGAAGAACGCUGCUGAUGCCACCGUUCCCGUUAUUGGUGGCCACUCUGGCGAGACUAUUGUUCCUCUGUUCAGCAAGGUUUCCCCCAGCUUCCAGAUCCCUGCUGACCGUUACGAUGCUCUUGUCAACCGUGUCCAAUUCGGAGGUGACGAGGUCGUCAAGGCCAAGGAUGGUGCUGGUUCCGCUACUCUGUCUAUGGCCUUUGCCGGUUUCAGAUUCGCCGAGGCUGUCAUCAAGGCUGCCAAGGGUGAAAAGGGCAUCGUUGAGCCUACUUUCGUCUACCUGCCCGGUGUUGCUGGCGGUGAUGAGAUUGCCAAGGCCACCGGUCUUGAGUUCUUCUCCACUCCCGUGGAACUUGGUCCCAACGGUGCUGAGAAGGCCAUCAACAUUCUUGACGGUGUGACCGAGCAGGAGAAGAAGCUCCUUGAGGCUUGCAUCAAGGGACUUCAGGGUAACAUCGAGAAGGGCGUUGAGUUCGCCAAGAACUCUGCACCAAAGUAA